UGACUUCCUGACAGCCCUGGCCGUGGAAAGAGGACACGCCGGCGACCGACGCGCCUCCAGCCAGCCGGUCGGGAGAGGCAGGGAUGGAGGUUCCCGAGAAGGAUGACGUUCUCCUGGCCGAUGAGAAGUUUGACUUCGAUCUCUCAUUGUCGUCUUCCAGUGCGAAUGAAGAUGACGAAGUCUUCUUCGGGCCCGUGGGGCAUAAAGAGAGAUGCGUCGCUGCCAGCUUAGAAUUAAAUCACCACGUGUCCGAGGAACGUCUUCCUCCAGCCUCGGAAAGUCACUUCGCCUGGAGCCCCCCCACCGGGGAGAAGUUUGUGGAAGUGUUCAAGGAGGCUCACUUGCUGGCCUUACAGAUAGAAAGCAAAAACAAGGCAGCCCGGGCGGCCAGGCCCGGAGACCUCUGGAGCCAGGGCGUGGAGAGAUUUAUACAGGAAUCAAAAUUAAAAAUAAACCUGUUCGAGAAAGAGAUGGAACUGAAGAAGAGUCCCAGGUCACUGAAGAGGGAGACGUAUUGCCUGUCGGGCAGCCCCCUGAUGGCACCGCCCAGCCAGACCCCCUUGGGCGGGGCCCGGACACAGGGACCCGCGCACUCGCCUCGCUCUUGCCUGCCGGCGGACCCCAGUCCUGCCCCCCCUCCGAACCAGGCAGGGCCUCAGAGAAAGCUCCUCGACCAUUGGGCACGGCCCCGAGCUUCGUCCGUGAGAGGGAGGAACAUCCAGGUGGCUGCGGAGCAGCCUAUGAAAAGGAUACCGGCCAGCCCCUCCGGCGUGAGGAACCCAAACGAGACGGAGUCCCCCAGGGACGUGGCCCCUGACAAAGCCAGCGCUGCCCGGGACGGCGCUGGCCUGCCGGCCGGUAGCACCCACUCCAUCCAAGGCAAGCGGUCACUCCCUGUCCCCAGCAAGUUGGGGCUGAAGAAGGCCCUGCUAAGACCCCGCGGCUGUGCUGUUGGUCUCUCUCGGAAGUCGUCUUCCUCGGGCUCUGGGUCGGGCGUGAGUUCCGGUGUGGGCGCCUCUCCAGCCGCCUGGGGAGCCAAAUCAAGUGAGCCUGCACGGACCCCCGCAAAGAAGGGCUCCCCGCCUGCGGCGCGCACCAGCCAGGCGGGCCGAGGGGGCCCCGGCGGUGCAUCCCGCAGGCCGAGUCAGCGGGCCUCGGUGGCAGAGAUGACAGGGGAGCAGGCCCAGGCGCCCACCCCCGCGGCUCCCGCCCACGUCCGGACUCUGGACCAGGGAGGCGCGGGCCUGAGCUCUGGUUCCAGCGGGCCACCAACGCCGCCCCCGUGGAAUACCGGGAGCGCGAGAGGGCGUGCCUCCCAGCGGCCCUGCGGGACGAAGGCCACGCCCACCCCUACGGGUCACUUUAAGGUCCCCAGGCUUUCUGCUGGUGAGCCCGCAGACAGGGCCGUGCCAGCAUCCUGCCGGGCCCAGAGACCGAGCUCCUGCACGGCAGCAGGAAGGGUGGUCACCCACAGCACCCCUGCCAGGUGCUCCUCCGGGCCGGCCUCACCAAGACUUCUAAGUGGCGUGAGGACCCCCAUGAGUACGAGGAGCCUGUCGGCCUUGCCCACACCUGCCGGCCGUCGGCUCUCUAGCCUUCCACGGGUGGCCCCUAAAUCCGUGCCCAGAGCUCCGGCUUCUCCCCCGUGUGUGGCUGCUCGGCGGCUUUCCUCCGAACUCCGGAAGAAGUCUGCAGCGAGGGCGAGCAGCAGCCCAGCGUCCUCGUCCGACGCGUCCGGUUCCCCUCCGUCGGCUGUGCCACAGGCGCUGAGCUUUUCUCCAGAGAAGAGUGACGGGGCUGUUCCGGGAAGUACCGGCGCCGGAGCGGUGCUGGGGGCGGCCCGGCCCCCCGCAGACGCGCCCCCUCGUGAGGCCAUCCUCGUGGACCUGGGCCUGGACGGGCUCGCCAUCACCCCGAGGGCCAGAAGCCCAGCCCCCGUGGACCUCCCUCUCAUCGACCUGUGCGAGACCCCGGAGGCUCCGAGCGCGGACUGCCGGCCUCUCGUCGACCUGCUGGUCAACACCCCGGACACGGACAGAAGCGCCGCGCCCAAGCCUCUCUGCGAGGUGGGCCAGCUGAUCGACUUGACCUCUCCUCUGAUCCAGCUGAGUCCGGAGGCUGACAAGGAAAACGUGGACUCGCCACUUCUCAUGUUCUGACGAGAAUAAAAGCCUUCGCGUUUCACUCUGUUAAAGGAACUGUCAGUCCAACGGUGGUUUUCAACCCUUAGAAAUAAAGUUUAGGAGCCAUUGUUUGGGGGCGGGGGGAUGGCAACAACCCUCAGUAAAGGUCCCGGCCCGGAAGGGGUGCUAAGCUGUCGGGCCAAGCUCCCUGCCCCAGCCAUGCUCGGCGCUGGAGAACGGAGUUGAAGUCCCUGCGGGUGAAGACUUUUGUGUCCUUUGUGUGUAAAAUAGCAAAGUCACUAUUUUUAAAAUUAAGUUUGUAUGAAAGGUAAAUAUUCUAGGUUUAAAUUAAAUUGGAAAAUAAAUGAAAAUGUAUUAAAGCACA